GCACUUGCGUAAUUUGACGAGGCGGCGCAAAACAGGCAGAAUGAGCGUUUGACAGCUGCCUCUUUGCGCGUACAGAGUGUUUGGAAAACAAAUGAACACACACGCUCCCUCCAUUCAUGACAGAUUCCGGAUGAUUAGACAGUAAGCCUCGCCUGCAUGGCCGCUGCCGUAAGGAAUCAUGUGUGGGCUGCUCCGGGGCAGGACGCGCAGCUUCUCCGCAAAAGCGCCGACUGCCUGAGAGGCGAGGACCAUGGACAAGUGCCGUGUAACACGAGGGAUGCCACGCCGGGAACUUCCUCCGGACACGACUACAACCUGUGUAAGUCAGAGAUGGACAGCUACCUGUCUCCUCAUCCACAGGACCUCGUGCACCCCAAGGUGCUUUGCAGGGACGGCCCUCUGAUGCUGGAGCCUUUCACCGAGGACUUCUCUCCGUACAGCGUCAACAUGAGCCUGCUCCUCCCCGACGCCCCGCUCCUCCACCCGAGCUUCUGCAGGGCCGUGAGGCAGAUCAAAACGGAGGCGUCCCACUCGCUGCCGCACCCCACCUGUCAGGGCAGCGGGCUCCCACCAGCGCUCCCAGAAUACCCAGCUGCCUUCAGCGCGUCUGACGCAGCAAACGGCAACUUCUUCAUCAAGCAGGAGGCGCCCGAGUUCCAGGACGUCCCCCUGUUUCAGCUUUUGAACUCUGACCUGGAGCAACUUGUUCACGGGUCACACCUGAACUCCGCCCCCAUGGCUCCGUUAGGGGUUCCGAGCGGGAACGUCCACGUGAGCCCGGUCCAGAGUCCAGCUAAACCCGCGAGCGCUGCUCAGAUGGAGUGCUUCCCAUUAAACCGACAGUUAGGCCGUCAGCAGAGACCAAGCUACCUGCCGCCUUCUCCCCCGAACUCUGACCCCCCAAGUCCAGAACGGGGCAAGGAGCUCCUUCACAACCUGUCCCCUCCUCCCUCAUACGAAGCCAGCAUCGCCUCUAAGUUAACUUUUCAAACCCACACCCCCAUGGAUCUGGGGCAGGUUUCCAGCGUCGCUCCAACUCAAAGUCCUGACCAAAACCCAAGCGCUGGAUCAGUCCAGAGUCCGGGUGCCGGAGCGGUCCAGCAUUCGAGCCUGAGCCCCGUUCAGCCGGCGCCUGGCGCUGGCCCGCUGUCCCCAGUGCUCGGCCAGGCGGCGCCGGUCAAGUACAACCGGCGGAACAAUCCGGACCUGGAGCGGCGGCGCAUUCACCACUGCGACGUGCCAGGAUGCAGGAAGGUCUACACCAAGUCUUCCCACCUGAAAGCGCACCUCCGCACCCACACAGGGGAGAAACCGUACCGCUGCUCCUGGGAGGGGUGCGAGUGGCGCUUCGCCCGCUCCGACGAGCUGACCCGCCACUUCAGGAAGCACACGGGGGCCAAGCCCUUCCAGUGCGGCGUGUGCAGCCGCUGCUUCUCCCGCUCGGACCACCUGGCGCUGCACAUGAAGCGGCACCAGAGCUAGAACCGAGGCGGCGGACACGCGGCGGCGGCCCCACGAAGUCACAACACACCCGGGUGAUUCUAUUUGCAGUCGUGGCUCCUGAGUAAUUGUUUAUUUAUUUUUGUAAAAAUCGCGUUGUUGUCGCCUUAUUUCAUUUUCGUGCGCGUGUCACACACUGGAGGCCACUUCCCGAGGUGUCAGUCAAAAGCCCGAGGCCAAAGAUUUAUUUUAUUAAAUUUACUUCCAAGUCCACAGAGAACUUGAUAUGAAAUAUCAGCCAUUUAUUUUUUAAGUUUUUAUUUUUUAUUUGUGUGAAAUACCUUUGAUGCUACACAGGCGUCUGUUUAGCUAACGUACGCGCGCGCUAGCUAGCAUGCGGCCGCGGUGGGAGAGCAGCUGUGUGUGGGGCGUGAACGUAGAAGCACGUGUCGGAGCUGGAGGAGGGUGGAGGUCAAAGGGUCGAGGGGGAGCGUGAAGGAUGACGAGUUGUGGAGCAGGAACAGUGGAACCAGGUGCCAAGAUGUGCGUGAGUGAAGUGAAAGGGAGCUAAUGAAAAGGAGGGAGAGUCCAAAGGAGUGUGAGAAUCGCUGCAUGGCUUUGAUUUAAUCUCAUUUUAAUUGAAGACCCCAGUUCCAGUUCCCAUUCGGAGCUGCUGCUUUAGCAGCGCGUCCCCGUUGGGACAGAUAAAUGGAAGUUCCCCACCUUGAGUCGGUCUGGCUUCGACUCAGCGUUUCAAAGUGAACGGCCUCCAGUCUGAA